GCAGAGGCCAAACAAAGGUCCAUCCGUGUGAGCAUCUAGCCACCAGAGGUGAUUCUCACUCACUGGACAAGAAUGACCAAGAAGGGUGGCAAGAAGAGGGCCUCAUCGCUGGACGAGGAUCAGCUGCUGGAGACUGAGAGCGUCGGCAGCUUCCUCAACAGUGCCGUCUUCGACCGCAUCGUGGCUGAGGCGGAUGCAGCAGGGGCUGACGAUGGCGAUGAUUCCAACGACCAGCUGAAUCAGAUGGACCUGCACGACGAAGACACACGACCACAGCCACAUGCCAGCGGCAACUCGAAGGCCCUCAAGAGGCGAGAGAAGAAGGCCAACCGCGCCGCUGCAAGGCGUGCAAACGAAGCCGCCGAUGGGGAUGACAUUGACAAUGAGGCCGAGGAGGAGCGUCAGCACAAGAAGAGUCUGGCUGGCUUGCAGUCGGCUGACCCCGACUUCUAUCAGUUUCUGCUCGAGAACGACCCUGAGCUCCUCAACUUCAAAGAUGAGGAUGAGGGAGAAGGAGAGGGAGAGGGAGAGGGGGAGGGAGUGGCCGACGACGACCAACACGUCGAUGACGAGCAGCAAGAAGGAGCAGAGAUGGACCACGAGCCCAGGCCGAGCAAGCCCUCCAAGAGCAAACAGCGUGCACCGGCCGACCCCGACCAGCAUCCGCAUGACGAUGACGCAGACCCCCCCUCACAGCCUGAUGGCUCAUCCCCCAGGAAGCCUCUCACGAGCGAGCGGCUGGCGGCCUUAGUCGAGGCGGCGACCGAGCGCAAGUCGUUCAAGGGCUUCCAGAACCUGCUCGCUGCCUAUCGGUCGGUGGUGCGGCUGCUGUCCGGCGAGGUCGACAGUGAGGGGUCGGAACUCCACCCACACGCCGCUGACGAGACCCUCGCACGCGCACUGGAAGACAAGCAUGCCAAGAAAGCCAAAGGCAGGGGCGUCGAGCAGGGUGGGGCCGGUGGCAAGAAGACCGCCCCCAAGCCUGAGACCAAGAAGCCCGUCAGGACGGCAUACAGCAUCGACGACAGCGCCGUCAUCGACGAGACCAUCCGGCUGGUCCUGGCACAUGCGGCAGAGAUGUUCGAGUACCAUGCCGGGGGCGGCGAUGCGGCCACGGGCGAGAUCAAGAGGGGCAAAAAGAGAUCAGGGAAGUCCUCCGAUGGUCCGGGGCUUGGCAAUGUGCCGUCACAGCUGCCCCGGUGGAGCCGCGUGGAGCUGCUGGCUCGGACGUUCUGGACGGAGACGGUGACGCUCUGCGAGGCGUGUGGGAUGGCCGGCAACACAGAGGCCAACAAGAAGCUGUUUGAGGUGCGUGCGUGUGUGUGUGUGUGUGUGCAUGGGUGGCGCAUCAACACCACCACACAACACAUUAAUACUCUCUCUCUCUCUCUCUCUGUGUGUGUGUGUGUGUGUUGGUUGGUUGUGUGUGCAGGAGGUGCUGACUCGUGUGGGCGACCUCCGGCUGCUGGUGUUGGUCAGCCCGUUCGAGCGUCUGUUGAAGCGGCUGCUGAAGGAGACGGUGCGGUGCUGGGCCUUCAACACAGCACACAGGUGCCGACUCGCCGCCUUCAUUCUCUGCCGCAACUGGGCCGCACUCGCCUCGCACUUCCAGGAAAACAACAAGGCCAAGGACGCGCGCGCGGCGUUCGGUGCGAAAGACGUUGUGCAGCUGCUGUGCCGGGGGUUCGCCGCUGCUGUUGGGCGAGGGUAAGGAAGAAGACGCGAUGCCUGAGAUGCCACCCAUGUGUGCGUGUGUGUGUGUUUGCUGUUGUGUGUGUGUGGUGUCAGGUACACGUGGCGGAAUGUGAGCACCGUUCAGUUCCUGGAGAACUGCAUCGUGGAGCUGCUUAGGGCCGACGACGCCCUCGCGCACACCGUCGCGCUGUCCAACGUCAGACAGGUGCGUAAGUAUCUGUCUGCGUGCGGGUCGAUGACAAACCAAACCAAACCAAACACAAGACGAAGCACACCAACCUUUGUGUGUGUCUACUAGCUUGGGUUCCUGGUGCGGAGUGCGUGUGUGGCGGGAUCCCAUGCGGGGGAGGGCGGCAAGGAGGUGUCUGACAAGACCAAGAAGCGCAAGCAGCACCUGUGGCAGGAGCGGUCCACCGCCCUCUACAGCUGGGUCUUCCUCUGCCAGUGCCGCCUCUGGGCCACCGCCAUCGUCCAGCUGCCCGCACUCAGGCCGCUCGCCAUGCCGCUAUACACUGUCGUCACGGCGGCUCUCAAGACCAAGACCAGCUCACUGGUCGGUCGGGUCGGCCAGACGGGGAGGGAGGGAGGGAGACGGAGGGAGACACACAGAGGCAUUGAUUGCAUUGGUUGUGUGUCUGUGUGCGCAGGUCUAUGCGCCGUAUUCGCUUCACUUGGUGGGGAUCGUCAAUGACCUGGCGUCGGGCCUGGAGGUGGGUGGGAGAGAGGGGAAACGACACACGCCCCACACACAGCGGAACACUGCAUCCGUCCGUCGCUCUCACUCCUCCCUCCCUCCCUCCCUGCUUGUGCGCGUCAGCUGUUCUUCCCUGCCGUGACGUUUGUGUUUGACGUCACGCAGUCCCUCCUGCUGCAGCUGGACAAGGCUGUACGCUCCAGGGCACCCACCGCUGCUCCUGCUUCUGGUGCUGGUGGAGGGCCGAGGAAGGUUAGCCCAGGAGUGGGCGCGUCGAAGGGCAGCGACAUGGCAGUGGCCCUGAGAUUUGCACCCGCACACCUCAAGCUCAUUCAGGUGGGCAGUGGGCCGCAACGGGCAGACCAGAAUACACACACAAACCUACCACGGACGAGCCGAGAGCUAUCAAGAUGUGUCGUUGGUUGCGUGGUUGGCCGCAGACGCUGGAGAGCCUCGCUGACGAGAUCAUCUUUGUGCUGGUGGACCACCUGGGGAGCCUCAGCCGCCACCCGGCCUUCCCAGAGAUGAGCGUGGCCGUCACAUUCCAGCUCAAGAAAUACCUCAAGCAGUCAAAGGCACGCACAGCUCGCACACAGAGAGAGAGAGAGACACACAGACACAGCAUCUGUGCUGUGUGUGUCUUGUGUGAAUGUGACUUCGUCAGAGUGACAGCUUCCGGCGUCAGCUGAAGGAUCUGCUGAGGACGAUCGACGAGACGGCCACGCUCAUCAAGCAGAAGCGGCUGCAGAUGGACCACAAGCAGCUGCACGCCUUCCUCGACCAGAAGAAGGCGACCGUGGCCUACUACGACGGGACGGACCUGCCGCUCUUCCAGAAGAGGUAGGUGCUCACAUACCCCCACCCCACCCUCCCAUCCGCAAUAUGUGUGUUGUGUUGUGUUGUGUUGUGUUGUUCAACUUGUUUGUUUGGUCGGGGGGUGCAGGGAGCGGAUGUUGUCUGAGCGUCGUGAGGCCUUCAGGCAGAAGAUCGCCGCCGAUGCACAGGGACGGCAAAUCAAACAGGAGGAACAAGGUAGGUAGGUACCGACCCACCCGCUCAGCCACCCAGUCCAUGUGUGUGUCCCUCAGAUGCCGAGGCCCCCCUGAGCAAGCGUCAGCUCAAGAGGAAGCGGCAGAAGGAGAAGCGGACAGCAGCCGCCGAGGAUGAAGAAGAGGCGGCCCCGGGGAGGAAGGCCAGCAUCAAGAUCGAAGAACAAGACGCCGAUGAAGCUCAGGGCGUCAGCAAAGAGGAGGAUGGGGAGGAAGGCGACCAUGAUGAGAGGCCGAAGAAGAAACGCAAGAAGGCGGCUGCGAGGGCACCGGCACCAGCACCUGGUGCGGAGGGUGUGGGUGCCGAUUUGGUGGAUGGCGACAUCGUUGAGGAGUUCCGAAUUUCAGAUGACGAUGACUGAAUGAAUGAAUGAGCGACCCGGGGGAUGGGAUGGGACGGAUACGCGUGUGUGUAUGCGGGUCGCGUUCCGGUCAGUUAGCUCAGGGUUGUGCCCCGUGUGUGUGGGCACACACGGCACUGAGCUACCUGACAGCAGCGCACCCGCGGCAUAUGCAGCUAUCGCGGGUGAUGCGACGCUUGAAACAUUAUUGGAUGGAUGGAUGGAUGAGGGCUUUUCGUGUGUGGCACUGU